UUGAGCGAUUUCAUCGACACGGAAGCGCCACAUUGCCUGCACCGACUUACACUGUCACCGCCUGGAUUGCUUCUUUCACUGCGAGACUGUCACAUCGCUCUUACCACCAUGUUCAUGAGCGGUUCUUUACCUGAUUCAUGCUAAUUCUCUCCGUGGAUUCGAGCUCUUUCGAUCCCCGAACCCUAGUCGAUCUCACACACCGAAGCGGCGAAGCUUUAUCAAAUGGAGACAGCCCUGCCCUGAUGGGGAUAUAAGAGGCAGAUGAAAAUGGCAGACACCAUGGAAGACAGUAUUGCGUGGUCUAAGGUCGAUGAAACAUCCGUGGCCAUUGAGAAGCUGCGGCUCCUGUGCCAUACCCGGGCAGAGUUGACCAAAGAAGGCUAUGUGGCUGAACCUCUGUCUGUCAGGCAAAUCGAGGCGAAAAUGAGGUGCUUGAAGUGCUCAGCUCGAGUCAAGAAGCGACCAGGCCCGAAGUGCUUUCCAGCCCCUGUGACGCAAAAUAAAAUCAUGAAUCCUGGAAGCGAACAGAAGAAGACGGACAACUCCAACAAGCGCAUGAACAAAGGAGAACAGGUAGAUGCUGCACCUAAAGGUCCUCCUCCGCCCAGAUGCGUGUAUCAUCCUGGUAGGGUCAAGGACAAGAGGUUCCUCUGCUGUGGGAAGCAUGUCUCACAGCCUGGAUGCAUCGAAUACCAAGAACAUAUUCUGCCUCUUCACCCUGACAACCGUCUUCUCGAGUACUGGCAGUACCAUCCAACUCCUGACUUCGACGCAGAAGAUAGCGUGCAUCGGUCUCCCGGACGCCGCCCAGGCGGGAAGCAGCUCUGGCAAGACAAAAGGAUUGUCAAGGCCCGCAAACCCGUUAGUGCCAUUGCUUUGGAUUGCGAGAUGGGAAUCUCAACCACAGGAGAAUCAGAAUUGAUCCGCUUGACUGCCGUUGAGUUCUUUACCGGCGACGUGCUCAUUGAUCGACUCGUUUAUCCAAAUGAACCUAUGCAACACUGGAACACCCGAUACUCUGGCAUCACAGGAGCGGACAUGCACGACGCGAAGAGGAGAGGUGCUUGUAUCUUUGGCCGAGAUAUGGCGCGGGAGUUACUGUGGAGGCAUAUUCGGCCAGAGACUAUCAUCAUUGUGCAUGGAGGACAAAACGAUCUAUCGGCACUGAGAUGGCUCCAUUCACGAGUAGUUGACUCGCUUAUUUUGGAAUCGUACAUGGGCGUGAAGACAGCGGGAGGUAGAUCUUUACAGAACUUGUGCAAACUCAAACUGGGCAUUGCGGUUCAGCAGAAGGGAGCACGAGUAGGACAUGACAGUCUCGAGGACGCAAUGGCAUGUCGUGAGCUGGUGAUUGACUGGAUGAGAAGGAUUCCAGAGGACUGACGGAUUGACAUCACUAUGAGCAAAGGAUGGCUUCGCUCUCCUGGCGGUAUCGGGCUCAGGGGUGACAGGACACCAGGUGUUCUCCGGCGAGAGUAAUGGCCGAGUCCUGCUCUUAUGUGGGUACCAGACACAAGAUGAUGGCAUGUCAUUCAACGGAGGUGCUGAUGGUGAGGGGAUCUGUUCUCACUGGAUAACGCAGAAAGGCUGCGUUCAUGCUACGCCGCGGUUCGAUCAAUGUACUUUUCAUGAUUCCAUUC